AAAAAAAGUGUACCACGAACUUGGACGGAGGUCUUUACUACGGUAUAUAACGAAUUUGGACAGAGGUAUUAACUUUGGUAAAUAACGGACUUGAACAGCGGAUUUUGCUUUAACAUAUAACGAAUUUGGACAGAUGCCUUAACUAAGGUAUACUACGAAUUUGGAUAGAGGUCUUAACAUUGGCAUCCUACGAAUUUGGAUAGAGGUCUUAACAUUGGCAUACUACGAAUUUGGAUAGAGGUCUUAACAUUGGCAUCCUACGAAUUUGGAUAGAGGUCUUAACUUCGGUAUACCACGGACUUGGAAAAAGCUAAGACAGCUUUGGUGUACUAAAAACUUGGACAACAGUCUUACCUUUUUCGUUGUUUUAAUACAUAUAUCUAAAACAUCAAACUGGAUAAAUUACAGCGUUAAUCAAAUUCGCCAGAGAAGAACACACCUUUUAGUGAAGACUACUGAAUAUGCGCAGGAGGAAUCCAGCUCCUUUUACAAUGAUGAAUAUGAAGAACGUUGGAUCCACGUGCUUAUAUCAUGUAAUCUACAUCAGUUGUUGCUUCAUGGCUUUUUCCAUUUAUCGGUACUAUAUAGACAUCGAAACCUUACCAAUCGAAAUAAAAGAAUUACCGAAACUAGUUCGAACUUCCUUGAAAAUGAAUGAAUUACCGAAACAAGUUCAAGCUUCCUUGCAGAAACGACCUGAACGCAACACAGAUGAGAGUUUUGCACAAAAUGGACUUUCAGCUGCCCUGACCGGGACAUUGUUCUCGGGGGAAAUAGUGAGAACAUCUUUACCAGAAGCCUACAAAAAUAAACAUAAAUAUUUGGCAAAGCUGGACAAUAUGCCAGCUUGCGAUAACUGGGCAGUUGUUACAACUGUUUUUUCUCCUUCGAAAGCAGUUCAGCAUAUCGCAUCACUUACAAAUUGGUGCUUAGUGAUAGUAGCCGACAUGAAAACACCGCCAGAAAGUAAAUACUUGUUCGAAAUGGGAAAUGUCAAUCAUAUCACCCGAAAAAGAGUCAAAUAUCUUUCAGUACCAGAACAAAGUAAGUUAUAUCCCUUGUUAGCAGAGGCCAUACCAUUAAACACAUUUGGAAGGAAGAACAUCGGAUACAUGUACGCUAUACAUCACGAGGCGAACUAUAUUUGGGAUUUUGAUGAUGAUAAUUUUGGCUUAAUCGAACUUAAUGAUUUUAAACCUUCAAAUCCUUUAUCUUACGUCACAGAUUGCAAAGCAGCACAUAAUACGUUACUGAACCCAUAUCCCUAUUUCGGAGUUGCAGAAUCAUACACAUGGCCAAGAGGUUUCCCUCUACAGGAUAUUAAAAACAAAACGACUCUACCUAAACUAUGUACCAAAAGUACUUCAGUAAAACUUGGUAUAGUACAGUCUCUAGCAAAUAAACAACCCGAUAUAGAUGCUAUUUAUAGACUGACACGUGACAUACCCUUUAAUUUCCGCGCAACACCGAAAUCUCACCGGCCAUUAGUUUUGCCUCGAAAUUCAUACACACCAUUUAAUGCCCAGGCAACUUUAUGGUUUGCACCUGCGUUCCCCUAUUUGUUGCUACCUAUCAGCGUACAUGGGCGCGUGUCUGAUAUUUGGAGAAGUUACAUCGCGGAAUAUUUUCUUUACAAAAACGACCUUCUCUUAGCAUUUUCAUCACCAUAUGUUGUUCAGGAUAGGAAUCCGCAUAACUACUUACGUGAUUUUAACGCAGAGUUGGAUUUGUACCAGAAAAGUAAACAACUUGUGGAAUUUCUUUCAUCUGACAAACAUGGUAAUCAACCACACCUUUUGGCAAUGUACAAAAGCUUAUAUAUGAGAGAGUAUUUUGAACUGCCUGAUAUAUUUUUAGCUGAAGCAUGGACAAAGACAUUGGAAGACAUCAGGAAAUGACACUGAAUUACUAAGCGUCGGUUGUUCUAUGAAACGCAUACACAUUAUUAAUACAUAUGUAGUAUAGAUUCAUUUUAUUAAAAAUAACUAAUUAUAUUAUACAGAAUGUAUAUCGAGCAUCGCCUCAUGUUUGCUAAAAAACUAAUUAUAACAAGCAACGUUAAAUAUGUCUCUGAACUAGAGUCGUCGAUAUUAUAACAGUGUUUGUGCUUCAUACUAUACCUAUGUACCAAAUAUCAUCAGAAUCGAGAUGAAAAUAGAAAUUAAUCUCGAUGAGUUGUAUAUAAGACAAGUAAGCAAGAUGCUCCGAGUUAAAUCCCUAGCAGAGUUCACCAAACCAUAAAUAGCUAGGUAUACUGCUUACUAAAUAUAGUAAAGGUCCGUUAUUGUAACGAGCAUCAAGCAAUGUGCUGUGCUAUGAAAACUUAUUAGGUGAUAGUGAUAGGUCAGCUGUUUUCAUCUCUCGCAAUGUAAAUUGGCGUAUUACUCUUUUUCUACGUAAUAUAUCAACAUCGCCUGUCUUCAUUGACGUCUACGUAUCCUCUUAUGAUGUCAGAAGUGACGUCAUGCGUCUUCUCCAGGGCGCCGACAUCUUUAUUUAUACGUACUUGACUACAUGACUACAUACGAAGGCUGCAAUUGGUUAACUGAGUAUUUCGCAAUAUUUUGUAAAAUGUAUUUCUUCUACAUAUCAAAAUAUAUUAGAAUUUGUACAUUUUUAAUAUAUGAGGAAUAUCAAAGUACAAAUAAGCAUAAUAUGGGUGUACAUAGGACUGAAAUGCAGAAUUUGUUGUUUAAAAAAAAAAAAAAGGCUUUUUGACAAU